AUGUGGAAGGAAAACAUCACCAAUGUUAGAGAGUUCAUCUUGGUGGGUUUCCCUACUGCCCCUUGGCUGCAAACUCUGCUCUUCUUCCUUUUCCUCAUCACUUACCUGUUCGUGCUGUUGGAGAAUUUGGUCAUCAUUCUUACUGUAUGGCUCACGAGGUCUCUGCACAAGCCCAUGUACUAUUUUCUGAGUACCAUGUCCUUUCUGGAAGCCUGGUAUAUAUCUACCACAGUCCCCAAGAUGCUGGCUGGAUUCGUACUUCACCCCAAUACCAUCUCCUUCCUGGGGUGUAUGACCCAGCUCUAUUUCUUCAUCUCACUUGCUUGUACUGAAUGUGUGCUUUUGGCUGCCAUGGCCUAUGACCGUUAUGUAGCCAUAUGUUGGCCCCUUCGCUAUCCAGUCAUGAUGACCACAGGGUUUUGUGUUCAGCUGACCGUUAGUUCCUGGGUGAGUGGCUUCUCCAUCUCCAUGGGAAAAGUGUACUUUAUCUCCAGAGUUGGCUUCUGUGGCAAUAAUAUCUUAAAUCACUUUUUUUGUGAUGUGUCACCCAUCCUUAAACUGGCCUGCAUGGAUUUAUCCAUGGCAGAGAGAGUCGACUUUGUGCUGGCCAUUGUUAUCCUUGUGUUUCCUCUCUCAGCCACUGUCCUGUCCUAUGCCUUCAUUGUCUCUACCAUCCUGCACAUACCCUCAGCCUCAGGGCAGCGCAAAGCCUUCUCCACCUGUGCAUCCCACCUCUUGGUUGUUAUCAUCUUCUACACAGCGGUGAUCUUCAUGUAUGUGCGACCUCGUGCCAUUGCUUCAUUUAAUUCUAACAAAUUGAUUUCAGCUGUAUAUGCAGUCUUCACUCCCAUGCUCAACCCGAUCAUUUACUGCUUGAGAAACAAGGAGGUCAAGGAUGCUAUCAGGAAAACCAUAGCAAGAGGCCCAGCCCUUUUCUUGAGAGAUUCUCUUUGUUGAAGACAUACACACAUUCUUUUUAUUAUCA